CUCCAGAGCCAAACCAUUGCUGAUUUAUUUUGCUUUGCUCAUCCAUGUUUGUAAACGUUAAGUUACAGCUUUGGUAGGAAGCACACGAAAUGAGACGCCUGGGUUCCGUACAGCAGAAGAUACCGUGUGUGUUUCUGACUGACGUGAUGGAAGAACAGUCCAGAAAACGCGACUGUCAGCAAUUUCAGGUUGUUGCCACAGAAAAUGUGAACCCUGUUGCUCUGGAGGCUAACAUACAUAGUGCGCUUGCCACUGAAAAACUUGAUGGCACCUGUUGCUAUGUUACAGUUUAUAAAGGGCAGCCUUACCUGUGGGCUCGACUUGACAGAAGACCAAACAAACAAACAGAGAAGAGGUUUAAAAAGUACCAACAUUCUCACAAAAGUUGUAAAGGGUUCACGUGGAACAUAGAGGAAGAUUUUAAACCGGUGCCAGAAACAUGGAUCCCAGCUCAUGGAGUCAAACAUCACAGCGGCUGUCCAGUGCCCGAUGAACAUGGACAUAUUCCAGGCUGGGUUCCAGUGGAGAGAGACAAUAAGCAGUACUGCUGGCACUCCUCUGUGGUGGAUUACAACGUUGGGCAUGCUCUUGUUCUCAGGCCUCGACGUGACAACGAAGACAUGUUAGAAAUCACAUCAGUCCCAUUAGCUGAGCUCCAGGAACAAACACUGGAGCUUAUUGGAACCAAUGUCAAUGGAAACCCCUAUGGGCUGGGCAGCAAAAAACAGCCUGUCCACUGCCUGGUUACACAUGGGAGUGUCCCAAUCAGAAACCCACCACCUGUGGACUUCCAGCAGCUGUGCUCCUGGUUUCACGAGAAUCCAGACGGUCGAGUUGAGGGCAUAGUCUGGCACUGCAGUGAUGGCACUCUCAUCAAGGUUCAUCGUCAUCACCUGGGACUGAAGUGGCCAGAAGCGAACACUUGCCUUGGUAACAAGCCGACGGCCAUCCGUGUUGACGCUUAUGGCAGCACGGAGUUGUUUACAUCGUUUGUCGCACUAAAUGGACACUGCUUCAGCCGGCUUCAGGACAUUCACUUUGAGCUAUAAGUCCAUGCGGUCUUGUGAGGAUCUGCCGCUUUGCUGAUAGAUCCUUGAUAUUUCAUCUGUCAUUCCAUGCGAGUGAUUUACAAUCCUAUACUCAUAUAGAUUAAUUUAUUCCACAGAAACCAGUUAAGAACUGCUGCUUUUUGAAUUCAUGAAAGUCUUAAGAGUAACUUACAGUAAGUGAGCUGUUAGUGGAAAAAAUAAGGAGAAAACUGACUGCCAAAGUUUAACGUUUGGCACACAAAAGAAACGGUGGAGUGAAUCAAAACUUAAGAUGGUUUUUGCAGAGAUGUGUACUGCUUUAAUGUAAAAAAAAUAACUGACCAACUUUUUUUUUUUAGCAUGUUAAGUUAUUAAAGGGAACCCCGGCUAUUAAGACAUGUUUGCGCUAAAAAUGCACUAUGCUUUCAAUAACAUAUGUGGUAUUAAAAUAUGCCAAAUGUUUUCCUUUUAAGCACAUUUUAUAUAAAACCGAUUUACCAGUAGGUCGCCAUUGUUAUUUACUUCUCAAUGCACUCUGGGUAGUGACGUCAUAUGGUUGCACCGCAUUGAGUUCACAGCAGCA